AUGAAUUAUGUAACUUUGACAAUUACAUAUGGUAAGGUGUUGAGCCAUCAUAAGUAUUUGAAUUAUGUAAUUUCAAGGCAUCCAUGGAUAUUGUUCAAGACUGAGCGCUCAUUAAAGGCAUUAUCCAUUAAAUCAAAGUCGAAGAACCAAGUAGGACCUUCUUUCCAAAUAUUUGAUUCUCCUGGAUCUGAGUUAAGUGUGAGGAGGAUAGAUUGUGGCUCUCAUGGUCAAGGUCCGCAGCCAGAUUUUACGUCCAAUAGUUCAAGCUGCAAGUCAGAGGAACAAGAUGACAAUGGUGUGGUGGAUGUGCUUGCUGUGGGAAUUUCCCACGUGAGGAUUUCUGAACCAAAGAGGAGCAAAGUUUGUAGUACCACGGGUCCUAUAGAGCAGCAGUGUUCAUCUAAUCUGACGGCUAACAACCUCUGUAGAGCAUUUUGAGCCUGCUGAUGCCACCGACAUGAUUCUUUCCUCUGUUUCAUGAGCUGGGGAUUUAGAAUUAACCUGCCCUGUUUGUAAUUUCAGUGGCCAAUCAAAUCGGUUUUUCUCCUCAGUUGUACAGGCGUGUGUUCAGAUGUCGGAAA